CUAUCACUGGCCCAGCAUUUCCUGCACAAUCUGUGUAGACUCAUAGCUCCCCCUCCCUCGCUCUGCUGUCACGUUCUUAUUUGGUCAGUCCAGAUCAUGAGAUAACAAGUGCUGGACUUGCUUUGUCGCGUAAUCGCCAAUGGAUAAAUCAGAAGCUCCCACAUGCAUUUCCUCACAUUCAGGCGCUAACUGUCGCUAGCCUUUAGUGGCCGCUGUCCCCCGGACGCCGGGAUGUUUCCCCUAGAAACUGAACCUUGUUGUGUGUCACCAUUUCAUUCCAAUGUGCAAAUCAGCCGCCAGAGAGCUAUGUCGUCCGCCCCAAGUUUCUGCUAUCUCGCCAAAUGAAGAAAAAGCAAAUCCCUGGCUGGCUUUGGCUGUUUUCAUUUCCUUGUCAUCUCCCUUUUCCUCUCCCUUUCGUCGACCGUCAUUGCAAAGAGCCUCAACGAUCGACUCAGCAUUGAUCGUCGCAUCCGUUUAUCUGAGAGAGAGAAAUGGACAGGCCGCCUCCAGUUCUAAUGAGUUCGUCUCUUUAUCUUAGCUCUGUUGAUCUUACGUACGUCGAUGGAGGCCGUAGCGUACGACAACCACAACCACUCGAGCUACGCCCGAAUCCACCAAAACUCACAUCACCAAUAUCCUCAUUCUUCGACCUCGCCUCUUCCUGUGCCUGGGACUCAUGGCAAUUCCCGCUACCGGCACGAGUUUGAGGGCGAGGGGAAUUAUCCGAUCCACGAUGCUCUGCCGCCAUCAAACCCGAUUCAUGUCUCGACAAGCUUCCCUAUGUCUGAAGUUGAGACGGUGUUUUCCAACAAUCAAGCACCGUCUACUCAGGCCAGCGUAAUAGACAUGUCGGGCCCGCCUCCGCCUUCUCAUCCUCCUCCACCAUGGAAACCUGGCCUUGACAAUCCUCCGCCUCCGCCUCCACCACCACCACCAUUCUAUCUUCGACCUCCAACUGUACCAUCGCCAUCAUCCCCGCACACGUCAAGUCGCCCUCCGUUCUAUCUACCGCCGCCUCCACCUCCACCUCAACCACCACCUGGCAAUUUCAUCGCCAAUACAAAUCUACGUCCACCAUUCACAUAUAGCCUUGACACGGUUCCACCUCCACAACGACUCUCUCAGCAGACAUUGCUGGCGACACCACCUCGGAUGACCUUCAGUUCUGCACCCAAUUCUCCCAGUGAUGCACCGACUCAGACUCAAACACCAAAUUUGAGACCACCGAGAGGAUUUGUUAGCUUCGGACCACCACACAGCGCCCAUCAGUCGGGAAAUAAGAGUAAUCUGGCAAUCCGCCUGGCCCCAAAAGCAUCAACUCAGCCCGAACUUCGGGAUACCACUUCUACAUCUCAAUCUUCAAACCAUACAAUCCCGCGGUUAAUUGAUGAUGAGGUGUCUUUCUCCGAUUCUCUGUCCGAUGAGGACUCUCUUGUCCUCCGAAACUCGCGCCAGUUUCCCCCUCUAUAUCCUACAGCAUCCAACUUGAAUCCACAAGGAGGAAAUCGCAAGACUUCUAUGACAACUCGUAUAACCAACUGGAUAUCUGAAUACGAGCGGGAUCGCGCCCCGAAAGAUCGCCUGGACUUGAGCACCAGCCUCGAUCCUGUCUUGGAAACCACCAGGGGUAGCAGAAGUCAUCGAUCGAAAGAGUCUGCCCCUCCUGAAGAUACGCUGGAGCUACUCUGGGUCAAACUCAAAGAUCAACGGGUCAAGUUGAACGACAUCAAGAGUCAAAUGGCCAAGAAGCGAAAAAGAUUAAGAGAGUUGCGGCGACAGAGGGACGAUGCAGACAAUACAUUCAUGGGUGUCGUUCGACCUAUGCUGAUUGCUCAACAAGGGCAGAUAGUAACAGGGCCUGCCACUCUGGAACGACAUCUGGCAGAGCUGCAGCGGCUGAGAACUGAAUACCAAGCCUAUGAAAACGAUUACGAAGAUCUUGAGAUCACCUUGGAUGAAGAAGAGGAAAUCCUCAACAGGCUGGAGAUUCGAUUCUUUAGUUUGCUCGCGGUUGGUCAAGCUGUUCCUCUCGAACAGCCUCCUGAAGACGACAUAAAGCAUGAGGAAGACAAGAAUAUUCCCAAUGAUCUAAUGGGCAUAUCUCCUGAUGGCCCAUCCGAGGAUCUGCAUCCUAAGUAUCUGGAUCUCAUGGCUGCAGUCGGUGACCUUGAGAACGCCAAGGAGGAGCUUGACGAGCUACUAUUUCUCAAGGAGCAGCAUGAGGGAGAAUUAAAGAUGAAGGCAGCCGCGGGUAUGGAGCUGAACGAGGCUGAGAUCGAAUUCUUCGAUGAGUUCCCGCUGGAAGAGCAAGAAAUGCGCAAUAGCGUCACCAGCCUGCAGCGACAAGUAACUGAUCUCCGAAAGCUGUGUGAGGAAAAGGGAGUUAUGCAAAAGCAUUUAUCGUCACGCGUUGCUUAUCUUCUCAAUCCUGAAAAUGGAUAUGAGGACAUAGAACUCGAUGACGUCUCCGUGAUCCUGCGCAGCCGGACAGAUCUUGCACAUCCCACAUUCCCUGUUCUUCUGAGCCAGCCUGAACACGUUAUGGCUGACGAAUUCCCCCUCACACCGCGUGAUGCACUCAAGGCAGCAGCAGCCCUACCGGUGACUGACCCGGUGAAACCAAGCCGCAUGCAGCUCGCGUCCAAAGAGUAUUCCAUCGAUCGGCUCAUGCUGGACCAUGGUGAGGGUGGCAAGGGUGAUUUUAUUAAUAGAUGGCUUUUGCACCAGCUUAGGCUAUCGUCAGUGAAUGCGCUGCUUCUCCAUACGACCUUCACCAAGAGUCGGGGACUCAAGAUCCGUGAUCUUGAUCGCUGGCAGAGUGAUGUACUGCACUAUUGGUGGAACGACGAGGGUGCAGAACUACCAGAAGACAUGAUGCAGCUUGUAACAAGCGAACACUCCAAUGACGGUUCAAGAAUUGGAACGAACCAGCUCUCAAGGGCGGUGACCUAUACCCCAGGCGUGUCGGGCGGUAGACAGAGUCUAUUGACUCCGAGUAGUGUCGCACACUCUACCUGGUGACGAGACUGCCAAUGCUUUGAAGCUACCGCCAUAUUUCUUUCUGUUCUGCCCAUCCUUUUGCUUACCUUGACUCCUUCCUUUUCAUUUGUGUUAAAAUCUAUUCGGAUUCCAUUUGGUGGUCAAAGAUGGUUAUCUGCUUUUCUUCAGGUUAAGAUCUGAGCAGACCAGUUCCAGUCUGGUGCAAAACAGGACUAGGCAGAAACCUAGGUCGGCACGGUAUUCUUCAGUCUGCUUUUUCUUUUCAGCGUGUUGUUGUUGGUUUGCGGUUUUUGGUUUGUUUUCUGGCGCAAGCGAUGUCAUAUACCCCAUUCUUGUUGUUAUUGGACUUUGAGAAAGGAGGUAAUGUAUCCGGAUGUUUAUACCCUUGGGCUGGUAUUAUGGGAAGAGCAUGUAGAUUGGUUGAAGUGUUUGUUAAAAGGUGAAGAUAAUAUGGGUUAUUUGACCGGUUGGCGUAUGGUGUUUUGAGUAGUGGAGGCCAGUAUUAUUAUGCAUGGUGUAUUAUGCGUGAUAUUUGAUGGUUCGGGGUGUUGAUCUUUAUAGAGAAACUACCGAGUAGUGUAAAUGGCCUCUGAAUUGUCACGAGAAUGGCUCGAACCAUUCCAUUGUAAUUCAUGUUCUUUUUCAUACUGUAGUUUCCCCACCACGAACGAAUAGUUCCCGCAAACAGGCGGGUCCUGAAGCUCUAACGGUGGGCCGAGG